AGAGCCCCGAUCUUCCGGAUUGGGGGCCUUGCCCAGAAGCUGGACCUCACGGAGAUGAAACAGAAGAUGCAUGAGGAUAUGAUCUCCAUACAGAACUUUCUCAUCUACGUGGCCCUGCUGCGAGUCACUCCAUUUAUCUUAAAGAAAUUGGACAGCAUAUGAAGAUUGGACAUCACAUGUGAAUGCAUGAUAUGAAGAGCCUGGUUACAGUUUCUACUGUUCUCUGCAAGUAAAUAGGCCCAGAAAGGUGUAAGAGACUCUUUGAAUGGACAUAAAAAUUCUGCUUGUUAAGAACAAGUUUAGCUCUGGUAACUGAUCUUAAUAGCUAAAAUAUAAAAAUAUUUGGGAAGUCUGAAAUGAGGUCUCCUGGUCAUGGUGUGCCCUUAUGCCUGUGACAGUUGGCCUCUGUGAAUAUUGGUAUAAUUGUAAAUAAUGUCAAACUCCAUUUUCUAGGAAGUAUUAAUAAUUAAGGGAAGUAUGUCUGAAA